AUGUUUCGGGAACAUGGCAAACAUCCCCUUCUACUUUCGCCGGCUCAGCCUUCACCGGAGCUUGAUGUUCAGCAUGAUAGCCCAAAUCUUUCAAAGACCAAGCCGCCGACCCUAGCUACCACUCCUUUUCAUCAUUGGGACUCACACGCUCUACUAAGCUGGCCCGACCCUGGUCACAGCAUAUGGAGGCCUGACAACUUUGACACUAUGUCCCCACAACGUGAAUAUUGGGUAGAGAGCCAUAGAGCCCUCCAGGUCUACCACUAUUCCACUGGUUCUUAUCAUACAUCGAUGCCGCUAAAGGACAAUAGCAUUCCCAACAUCCAUUGUUCUCAGGCAGUAGAUCACCACCUUGAGUCGGGAUCCAUACUUUACUUGCCACCAUUGAGACUUUGUCAGUUGAGACGACUCGACUUAGCCCCAACGUUUAAUGUAGCUGAAGGGAUGCCGGGGGCUGAUUUCUCGACAAUGCAGACUAUCAACCCUACGCUGGUCUUUCCGCAUGCUUCGACAAAUACAUCUGAAUCCUUGAAUUUUGCAGCGAGUCUCGGCGCGGCUGCUGAAGUCUAUUCCAUCCCCUCUUGUACCGGUAUCUCCUCUACUUGGUUUCUUGACCAGCCACAAGAGCCCUCCCAGGAAAUCCAUGAUACCACCGUUUGUAUCAACGACCAUUCACUGCUUGACUAUCACGUCUAUAGUAAGAAGCCUGGUCAUAACUUGGAUGUUGAGGACCAGGAAUUUGAUAUGCAUAAGCGACAAUUCAAAUGCAAAGUCAUUGGCUGCGGAAUAGGCUUCAAGCGUCAGGACCACCUCGAGCGCCAUACCAGAAGUCACUUGAAGGAAAAGCCCCAUGUUUGCUGGGUGCCUGGAUGUCACCGUGCCUUUUCACGCCGCGAUAACCUCAAAGCCCAUUGUACGAAGACACAUUCGAGACGCGGUGGUCGCAACCGUUAUGUUGCUACUCUAGACGAGACGAGCCCCGACUACGAUCCAGGGUUCCGUGGCCAGCUAUCAUUUGAUGGACGCCCGCUCAGGUUUCUAGCACCUAUUAACUUGGUUCCUAAAGCUAAGCCUCAGCAACCGUGA